AAUCAUUACACGUCAAAUAUUAAUGUCAUUUUGCAAAGAGCGUAUUUUAGUUUAUACCAGUUAAUAUGUUUAUACAAUUAAUAUGUUACGUUUAGAUUUAUAUUUGUACUAUUAAGUUACUGAAUUUCGGUACAUCAACAAUUGGAAUUAGUCGAUAGAAUUUAGAACAUGACCGUUUUGGACCAGCUACCGGAUGUUGAUUCGUUUUUUGGAGUUGAUUUAAAAACGGGUUCGAUGGUUGUAGCUUCAAUUGGUAUAAUUCACCCAACGUCAUUCGGAUGUACGUUCUUCUUACCCCUGAGCUAUCUACUGGUCACAAUAUGGAUAAUGGUUGCAUUGUUUUUUGCUGCAAGCGUCGUUUUGUUUUGUGGUGUUUAUAAGGAUGACAGUUUUCUCUGCACUAUUUGGAUAUGGUAUGCGGUGGUGUUCGCGGUAGUAAUGCUGAUCAUGAUGGUGCUAUUAGCCCUAGUCUUCACGUCCAGAAAGCAAAGAACUCGGGUGCUCGUCGCUAUAACUGGAAUGCUUUGGUACAUUUAAGCAGCUACCGAAUAAAAAUGUAAUCAGUUUGGAAGAAGAUACUGUUGACACAAAAGAUUCUGAGGGUCAAAAGUAUGAAGCUCAGCCUCUAAAAUCUAUGGAGCCUAACGUUCUAAGCCCACACAAAUUACCAUUAUCUUUUCUGCCGCCACACCCUUGACACAUAACAGUGAAACAUUACUUCUGUGGAACAAAAACUGAACUACUAUUUAAUUUUAUAAGUAUUUAUAAGUUUGUCGACUUGAAUAGAAAGAAUUGUUGUUAUACAAUGCCAUUGAGAUUCCAACCUCUUUUACUUAUCCGGUGGCACAGUGUUUAGAAGCUUGAUUUGUGUUUGUAUGGACCUACAUAUCUACUGACUUAUUUAUUUAAACGUAUUUAAGUAUGUGUAUCAGUAUGUAGUUCCCAUAGCACGAGGAAUUUUAAUAUGGUUUCGGGUGACUGAAUGAAUUGUAUCCGAUUUUCUAUCAUAUUUAUUAUUCCUGAAGGAUGGUAUAGCUGUAUUCAUGCUGACAUUAAUGGGCUUUCAUGCAAAUUUUGGAAAAAAGCAAAUAUACCCUUAUGUAAUUGCUUAAAGAA